CUUAGUUUUGGUCUCUUGGUAAGGAGGUGUCUCUGUCUCUGUCUCAUGUCUCUCUAACCGCGUUGAUUUGCCGUCUUAAAAACACAACUCCUCAAACAUAAAACAUUCACACGCCAUGAGAACUCUUCUUCAAUGGCACUUACCAUCUCAAUCUCUUGUUUCUCCUCUUACUUUGUGUCUCUCCUUCUUCUUGUUCUAUCUUCCUUCUCCUUUGUUUGCUUCUCCCUCUCCACCGUCUCCAUCUCCCACAUCUCUAAUCAGACUCUUGUAUGUGCUCUCAACAACCACUCUUAUCUUCAAUGUUCCAGUUUCCCUUUAAAUUCGAUUCCAUUUUCUUUAACCGGUAACCUUCGAAAUCGAAGGUUUUCGGGGGUUGUUUCAGGGAAUGGGUUUGUGUGCGGAUUGAUAUCGCGGCUGGAUUCCAACACUUCCACACUUCUUUGUUGGAGAUUCUCUGUUGAUGGAACUAAUAUGUUGCACAAAAGAAUCUACCACGGUCCUGAGCUCGAAGAGCUAGAAGCCGGGAAUUUCCGCAUUUGUGGAGUUGAAAGAGUCUCAAGGCGCCUCCGUUGCUGGCAACCGUACUAUCUGCCACGGCCGGAUAAUUACCGUUCCAUUGCCUUGGGAGAUAAUUUUUUCUGUGGGCUAUCUCAGCCACCUGGUAUGAUCAGUUGUGAAGGUAUAGCCAAAGUGCCGAGUGGAGACCACUACAUCGCGAUAGCGGCUGGAUCACGACAAGCGUGUGCGAUCACUGUUGACAAUGAUGUCGAGUGUUGGGGACAAACACAGUCGCUGCCACGUGAAAAGUUCUUAGCACUAGCGGUUGGGGAAGACCGUGGUUGCGGUGUUAGAUGGUCUAAUGGAACUGUGGUGUGUUGGGGCAACAACAACAACUUUAGUUUGCCUCAAACGCUUAAGGACAUUCAUUUUACAUCAAUAUAUGCUAAAGGGCCAAUGUUUUGCGGUGUUGCCACAAGAAAUUACACUCUAAUUUGUUGGGGGAAUGAGAAUUUUAAAUCCGGUGUUUUCACUCCAUUCCAAGGCCUAAUUUCUCAAGUGGUAAUGCCAGGACCGUGUAGAAGAGAAUGCCCUUACCGUCCAUUGUCAGGAUCACAGUCCUUAUGCGGCAAUGAGUUGAUGAUUUGCGAUUUGAAAAGAAAUGAUGGAGAGUUUCCUGAUACUAGGGCUCAAAACUCUAAGAACAAAACUUGGAGCAGAAGAAACAUUGCGUUUCUAGUGGUCGGAUGCGUUGGAACGUUUUCCUUGCUCCUUGUCAUCAGUUUCUUGAUCUUUAAAAGCCACUGUCGAUGCCGUGUCCAUGACUCUGGACGUCUUGAUGAUACUAGGACAAUAGACAUACCCAAGCUCGAGAAGAGGCUGUGCACUCUAGCAAGUUUAGGUAAUCCUGGGCAGCUAAUGGAGUUCUCAAUUGACGAGCUAGCUCUAGCCACGGAUGGUUUCUCUGUCCGGUUUCAUCUUGGUAUAGGCAGCUUCGGCUCUGUUUAUCAAGGUGUUUUGUCGGAUGGACGUCAUGUCGCAAUCAAACGAGCUGAGCUAACAAAUCCUACAUUGUCUGGGACAACGAUGAGACACCGACGAGCAGAUAAGGAUUCAGCGUUCGUGAACGAGCUAGAGUCUAUGUCGCGGCUUAACCACAAAAAUCUUGUUCGACUUCUGGGUUUCUAUGAGGACACAGAAGAGAGGAUUUUGGUGUACGAGUACAUGAAAAAUGGAUCUCUAGCCGAUCACCUUCACAAUCCUCAAUUUGACCCUCUUUCGUGGCAAACACGCUUGAUGAUCGCGCUUGACGCUGCUCGUGGGAUCCAAUACCUUCAUGAGUUUAUCGUGCCUCCGGUGAUCCACCGUGACAUAAAGUCAUCAAACAUACUUUUGGACGCCACAUGGACAGCCAAAGUUUCAGAUUUCGGCCUAUCUCAAAUGGGUCCAACGGAAGAAGAUGACGUCUCACAUCUCUCUUUACACGCUGCCGGUACAUUGGGAUAUAUCGACCCGGAGUACUACAAGUUUCAACAGCUCACAACCAAGAGCGAUGUUUACAGCUUUGGCGUGGUGUUGCUGGAGUUGCUGUCUGGUCACAAAGCGAUACACAAUAACGAAGACGAAAACCCUAGAAACUUAGUGGAAUAUGUUGUACCAUACAUUUUGCUGGAUGAGGCUCAUAGAAUACUUGACCAGAGGAUUCCACCGCCGACCCCUUACGAAAUCGAGGCGGUGGCUCAUGUCGGAUACUUGGCAGCGGAGUGUUUGAUGCCGUGUAGUCGGAAAAGGCCGUCAAUGGUGGAGGUAGUCAGUAAACUAGAGAGUGCUUUGGCCGCUUGUUUGACGGCUCCAAAGACGGAGACCGUAUCUCGAUCAAACACUUAUUAGCCACGUUUAGCUUAAUUAAAUCUUGUGGUCAACUGUAAUUGUAUUUAUUUUUCUAGGGAUUAGGAAUUUAAUUAAUUGGUACAGAAUUUUAAUAUUUUCUUCGACGAAAACCCUUGCACAAUUCAAUUUCUUUU